AUAUACGAGUUAGCCUCUGUUUGGUUGCAAAGAAAACUGAGAGAAAAAGAAAAUCUGAUUCUGCAAAAUCUGAUUUCUCUGUGAUUCGUAUUUUUUAUUUUAUUUUUUUUUGUGAUUGAAAUUGUUCGUUGUCGGUGUAAAGGAUGUUGAGCACGAACACAAAAGACGGUGAGAUCUCUAAAAAUUUAUUGAGUUUAUUUCGCUGCUCUGGAUUUUUCUCAGCAUCCAAACAGAGCAUCAACCGAACCUGCCCAUUUAAAUCUAAACCAUUAGAGUGAAUACUGGCUACCGGUCAAACAAGUUCUAUAUAUAAGUUAAAAAAAAAACUCAAAAACAGAAUUCUCUCUAUCACGCUUCUUUCUCUUUAUCACGCUUCCGAUUCGGUUUAUCUAAAGAACCCAGAAUUGGGCUUCUUCUGUAUUAGCUUCUUCUCUUACUAAUCAACCACAAGGUCAAGAACCCAGGGCAGCUAAACAAAACCCAAAGAAGAAACAGUAUCGGCCGGCAACGAUAUUUGAAAUAGAGUAGUGGGAAAAUGGUUUCUGAAUUAAUAAAUGCAAACCCAAUUGUGUAUGAGAAGAAAGAGCGUCGAGCACGAAGCGUGCCAACUGCUGUGGAAGAGUAUGUUGUUGAACCCAUUGACCAACAAGAAGUUUUUGAUCAUGUAAGAGAUAUAAAAGACCCAGAGCAUCCAUACUCUUUGGAGGAGCUCAAAGUAAUAACAGAAGAUGCAAUCGAAGUAGAUGACCAACAAAGUUAUGUUAGGAUCACAUUUACUCCCACAGUUGAACAUUGUAGUAUGGCAACAAUUAUUGGUCUUUGCUUGCGAGUAAAACUUUUGAGGAGCUUACCCUCUCGUUACAAGGUUGAUAUUAGGGUUGCCCCUGGAUCUCAUGCAUCCGAGUCUGCAGACUGCCGUGUGUGUGUGAGGAGCAAAAUCCCAGGAGUGAUAUGCAAAUUGGACAUUGAAAAAGCUUAUGACCAUAUAAAUUGGGAGUCUCUUAUCUACUUAUUAGGGAGGAUGGGUUUGGCAAUAAUAUAUGCUCCCCGCUCUAUGUUAACAAACAACUAAAUGAUAAAGAACGGGUGGCAGCAGCACUUGAAAAUCCAAAUCUUGUGGAUAUGGUUGAUGAAUGCCUGGCUCCAUCCUACGAUUGAGCUGUUGUACAUCCAUGCAAUGUACUUAGAUUAAUAGUCUGUCUAAG